AUGCGUCUAAUUUAUUAUCUCUUUUUUAUCGUUUAUUAUUUUACAUGCUCAAAUUUGGUAACCUCAAGACUUACUGAUAUAAAAAUUAAGGAUAAAGGUAGUGUAAAAAUUUACAUUGUUAAUAAAAAAGCCUAUCUAACUUCUGGUGCUUCAAAUGACAACAAAGUAAAAAAAACAAAAAUAUUUCCAUUAAGAAAAUCUACAAUAAGACCAAUAAGAAGAACUACAAGUGGGCCUACAAAAAAACCUAUGAGAAUAACAACUAAAAAACCUCUUUUUGGAAAAACUACAACAAAAAAAAGACCUAUCAUAACAACACGUAAACAAACCCAAACACCAAAAAAAACAACACGUAGACAAACUCAAGCACCAAUUAAAACAACUCGUGGACCAACUCAAACACCUAAAAUAACAUCACCUAGUCACACUAAAGUACCAACAGUUACACCAAAACAUGAUCCAAAUGCUAUCUUAAAGAAUCAUUUAUUAGAAGAAAUAAAUAACUAUCGUGCUCGUCAUCAAGUUCCAAAAUUAAUGGUUAGUGAUGAGUUAGAAAAAGCAGCUCAGAAACACGCUGAAAAAAUGGCAGAAGCUGGAAGAGAAGAACCAGAUACUGACAUGACUUAUGGAGGAAAUGUUAUUAGUCUUAUAAAGCUUCCUGAAACUGCCGUCAAACAUUGGUAUCACACAAUAAUUAAUUAUGAUUUUGCUCAAAAAGAAAUAAAUCAUCUUAAUAUAGAGUUUGUUAAUUUAGUUUGGAAAUCAACAACUCAUAUAGGAUGUGGUGUGGCUAAAGAAAAAAGUCUUUCUAUAAUAUUUAUCAGUUGUAAAUUUAAUCCUAAAGCAGAUACAUUAAAUUUAGACAAAAUAGAACAAAAUGUUCUUGAACCAAAAUGA